CUACCCCCAUCUCCUGGCGAUCGAUCCCCAUUAGAAUCCCCCCAACGUGUGCUGUUCCGCUUUUGCGUCGUACAUCGUCGUCUGCUGUGUUGCGAAACAGAAGAUAAAGCGAAAGGGACCAAACCGACCGGCGGGAGGUUCGGAGAUGGCCGCGGCUGCGGAGACCUCGGCGAAGGUGGGGGCGCCGAGAAGAUGGUCUCUUCAAGGGAAGACGGCGCUCGUCACCGGCGGCACCCGCGGAAUCGGGCGUGCGGUGGUGGAGGAGCUGGCGGCGCUGGGGGCCACCGUGCACACAUGCUCCCGGAAGGAGGAGGAGCUGAGCGAGCGCCUCAAGGAGUGGGAGGCCCGGGGAUUCCGCGUCACCACCUCCGUCUGCGAUCUCUCGGUUCGGGACCAGCGUGAGCGCCUCCUCCGCCAAGUCGCUGACCUCUUCGGCGGCAAGCUCGAUAUCCUCGUAAACAAUGUGGGGACAAACAUAAGGAAGCCAACCACUGAAUUUUCUGCCGAGGAAUACUCUUUUAUGAUGGCGACUAAUCUUGAAUCUGCGUAUCAUCUGUGCCAACUUUCGCAUCCUCUUCUGAAAGCAUCUGGGUCAGGGAGCAUUGUUUUCAUAUCAUCAGUCUGUGGAUUGGUAGCUGUAUUUAGUGGUUCUCUCUAUGCUAUGACAAAAGGUGCAAUCAACCAAUUAACCAAGAACCUAGCAUGCGAAUGGGCGAGAGACAACAUACGAUCCAACUCUAUUGCCCCGUGGUAUAUCAGGACUUCACUUACCGAAGGAGUAAAGCUUUUGCUUAUCAACCAUCCUGAUUUAUCAUGUUUGGAUACUUGUCAUUUUAAGUCAGAACAUGUAGUCAAGUAUUCAACUAAUUGUCAGGAUACGGUAUUCAGGCUACAUACAACUGUACUUGCAUCAAGCUUUUGGCAAAUAAGGACUUUGAAGGUGCUGUGGUGAGCCGAACUCCACUUAGGCGUGUUGGAGAACCUGAAGAAGUAUCAUCGCUGGUUGCUUUUCUUUGCAUGCCUGGUUCCAGUUACAUUACUGGCCAGACGAUCUCGGUUGAUGGAGGUAUGACCAUUAAUGGACUCUAUCCAAGUUAAGAUUAAUGGACUAUCAAGAAGACGGUAUGUUCCUGCUGUCCAGAAACGGCCAUAUAUGUUGUUCUUGGGCUUUGCAAGCAGAGCGAAUAUUGUGUAAACUGACAUCACCAUGAAUAUAUAUUUCUUGUGCGUUUGAAGAAAUUGUCCGGUUUCUUUUUCCAA